AGGUUGAUGAAUGCCGGCUCUCGUGAUCUAGAAAGCAGUACAUUAGUGUUACAUUCCCCAGCCACGAUCACACUCAUCUUGCCUUUCUACUAGCAAUCCGCCGCCGUCCGUUUGUGACCCAGUUUCUUGGUUGACAUCAUUGAGUUCUGCCCCGCCACACCUCAACCGACAGGAUGAAUCAGAUUCCAAGUAUCUUAUAUGCUGACGAGAACUUCAAAACAUGGCUGAUACUCGGCGCUAGCCGAGGGAUUGGUCUGGAAUUCGUCAAACAGUUGUUAGCGAGGAACGAACGCAUCAUAGCUACUGUGAGAGAGCCUUGGGCUGGGCAUGCCAGUGGCCUGUGGGGACAAGCAGGUGGCGAUCAUGGCCGAUGUCAAAUGUACACAUGCGAUAUCUUGUCCGAACAGAGCAUCCAAAAAUUCGUCGCCCAACUGGCAGCACAGCCGAACCUGAAGAUCGACUAUGUAGUGCUAAAUGCAGGAGUGCUAAGAUACCCGAAUAGGGCCACUGAGCUAUCGUUUGAUGAAUUCGCUUUCCACUUGCACACAAACACCAUCGGACCCAUCAUCGCAGCACAGAAGCUUCUGCAAACAAACAUCCCCAUAGGCACAAUUGUCUUCAUGUCCAGUGAUUCGGGUUCCCAUGGCAACUUUCGUGAGAUGGAGGAUGGGUUUGCCGCAUAUGCUGCGUCCAAGGCUGCACUAAACAUGGCAGCGAGACACAUGGCCGCCGAAUUGAAGCGGAAGGACGACGAUACAAUCAUUUUGUGCAUGCAUCCAGGUGAAGUAGCGACUGACAUGGCAAACAUCCAACUCCCAUGGACAGUAGAGGGUAUCAUUUCACCAGAAGAAUCGGUUGUAAAGAUGAUUGAAGUAAUCACGAGCAAAGGCAUACAGCACAGCGGCACCUUCUGGACAUGGGAGAACCAGCCUUAUAUUUGGUAGCAUCGAUGAUACUCAUCAUGUUCCCGCCUUGAGUCAGUCGUACACUCGUAGCAAGAUUCCAGUUGGCUGUGCUUCUGCCUGCUUAUCAGAUUGUACAUGUAUGCUGAUUCAUAGUUUCUAAAGUGCUUUGCACACAAGUCAAUCUAGAAGCGAUUAAGGAUCCAGAAUUAGUCGAAUUUCUUUAGAAUGAUUG